GGCGCUUAAAAUAGGUGAGGUUAUGGUGAAGUUACAGGCAUUCUUUAUUUUUAAUCGUCUGUGGCGUUUGUACUGGAAUUAAGUUUUAGAUGAUUAAAUUUUAGCUGAAAUGACUUCUAGUAAUUUAGAUGAUUUAACGACUUCAUUUGAAACAGCAAGUGCAUCAAUAAAUGGAGUUAGUUUCAAAGGGAAGUCGUUAAAAUUGGAUACACAAGAAGAUGCAAAAAGCGUUGUGGAAUCAAUUGAACGUUGCAAGACUUUGGAGUUUUUAAAUCUUGAAGGAAACACUUUGGGAGUUCAAGCAUCUCAAGCUAUUGCAAAGUCAUUAGAAACUCAUCCUGAAUUUAAAAGGGCUCUAUGGAAGGAUAUGUUUACAGGUCGAAUGAAGACAGAAAUACCAAGAGCACUGGAAUAUUUAGGCAGCAGUUUAGUGACUGCUGGUGCUAGGCUCAUUGAGUUAGAUCUAAGUGAUAAUGCUUUUGGUCCAAUUGGUGUAGAAGGUUUAGCUUCUUUACUAAGAAGUUCUUCUUGUUUUGGACUGGAAGAAUUAAGGUUAAAUAAUAAUGGUCUUGGAAUAACAGGUGGUAAAUUAUUAGCUACUGCAUUGCUAGAUUGCUAUAAUUCCAGUAAAAAUGAAGGCAAACCAUUAGCUCUUAAAGUUUUUGUUGCUGGAAGGAAUAGACUUGAAAAUGAUGGAGCUAUAGCAUUGGCUGAGGUUUUUAAGGCUAUAGGUACGUUGGAAGAGAUAGUGAUGCCACAAAAUGGUAUUUAUCAUGCGGGUAUCUCAGCUUUGUCCGACGCUUUCACAUACAAUAAGAAUCUUACUCUUCUCAAUCUUAACGAUAAUACAGUGGGAUAUGAAGGUGUUAAAGCUUUUGUUAAGGCUCUUCCCACUUUACAAAAUUUAAAAUCAAUUAAUUUUGGUGAUUGUUUAUUAAAAACAAAAGGAGCAAUGAUGUUAGCUAAAGGAUUGCAAGAAGGACACAAUAAACUUGAAGAAGUAAUACUUGGAUACAAUGAAAUUAAAAAGGAGGGUGGUUUAGCUUUAGCUCUUGCCUUGUAUGAUAAAACUAAUCUUAAAACAUUAAUGUUAAAUGGAAAUCAGUUUGGAAAUUCGGGAAGAAAAGAACUUGAAUUGAAAAUGAAGGAAAUAGGAAAGUAUGUUGCUCUCUCUGAUUUGGAUGAAAACGAAUCCGAAGCUAGUGAAAGUGAAGAAGACAAAAUAGAAAAUGAGAACGCGGAAGAUGUAUCUCAAGUUGAUACAGAGAAGCAGUUGAUUCAGAAAAUAACUGCGAUUUCUAUAGGAGAUUCAAAAGAAGUAGAUAUAAAUACAUUCAUGAAAAAUCCAACAGCUGAAAAUUUUGUAAAUCUUGGAAUAAACAGAACCGAAAUUAUUCUCGCAGAAGUGGAGAGAGAUGGUGAUGCUUAUUUGGAAACAAUUACUCCCAUUUUAAUGAAAAUUAGUUCUUUAUGUAAAAACAAUAAGGAAGAAAUAGCGAAAGCUUCGUUAGAGUGUACAGUGAAAUUAUAUAAAAGACUUUUUGAAUGGGCAGUGCAGAAAGAUCAACUUUCUUUAGUUAAUAAUUUCCUAUUGGUUCACUUGGGACUUAUCAAGAGUGAAGACAAGAAAUUCAAAGUGACAUGGAACUUAGAAGGUUGUUUAUUUGCAAUUGAGACUGUACUAAAAGGUGAAUUUGUUCCAGAAAUAACCAGAUUAAUUUUUAAAACAUUUCUUGAAAGAAAAGUUCAAGAAUGAUACUAGAAAAAUAAAACAUUGCUAAUAUAAAAAUGGCUUGUUUCUUAUUUCAUUGUACUACUUUUUCAGACGUAAAGAUGCAUUUGUUAAGG